AUGAGGACUGUAAGCUCAGAGAAAUGUCCGAAAUCAGAUAGGGGCCGAGCAUUGUUGGGGGUCAUUGUGAACCCUGACGGCAGCAGGUCUGACGUUCACGAAUGCACGGCCCGAAUGGCGACCGUCGGGAUUUCCGGAGGACCGAUGACGAACGCCCUCAUUUUAGCGCCAGCAGGAAAGUUUCCCAAGUACAAGAAAUUCGACCUUCUGAAUGACGCGAACCGCAUUAAGGUUUGCUUGCCCUACAUGUACGACGAGGCUCGGGGGGUGUCUGUACAGGCUGGUGCGGACUCGCAGAGAAUCGAGAGCGUCCUUGCUGCUGCUAUUAAAAAUUGCGUUAAAGGCAGUCACGUAAGCGUGGGGACGAUUGAUCCAAUCUUUCUCGAGAGUUUCAGCAAAAGGCUGGGGGACCUGCAUGUCGCUGAUGGCCAGUGCCUGGACGUCGCACAGCAGAAGGGAGAUAUUGCGGUGGAAGUGUUUUCUACAAGAGCUCUGAAGGCGGAGGACUUGGAUGACUGGUGGGAUCUUGUGCCCACCGAGUGGCGGCCCGUAAUGGAAGAUUCUGUUCAGGCGACAACCCAAACGCACCUGAAGGUGGGUACGAUGGAGGCCGCUACGAAAAGGACGUGGAAGAUGACGGCUGGUCUGACCAUUGGUCUGGGGACUCUUGCACUUGGUCCAUUACUGGCAGUGGUCUUCGGUUGGAACCCGUUCGGUUGGAACCCGUUCGGUUGGAACCCGUUUGAGGAGAAGAACCGCGACCAGCUUGGUAGGGAGCCUUUUUCUUGGGACUGGUGCAGUAGCCGUAGCGAUUGGUGGCUUAUGCGUCAUGGCUCUGAUAGUGCUCAUGACGCUGCUCACAACUACGCCGAAAGACGUAGGGGUGCGUGUCAAGUUUUCGGACCACCAAAUGUGUUUGAUUUACUUGUGGUCUGGCGCAGAAUGCAGACACUCUCGGCUCCUACCGACGACUACCCCGCCAUGAUCGAUGGUGCAUGA